GGAAUUUUAGUUUGCUAAUCUACAAAGCGAAGACAGAAAGAACCUGCAACCAACAUGAACUUCUCGUGGCUCACCAUCUUCAUCUUGGCCCUUAUCGCCAUGACUGUUUCGGCCAAGAGCUGCCCUGCCCCAUUCACGAAGGACGGUAACAGGUGCACCGCAAAGCGCACAAUCCGCGGAGAGUGCCCACAAAACUCCCAAUACCAACCAAGCAUUAAUCUGUGUGUGUACAAAAACUAAAUAAAUAAAGAACAUUAUCAGGAAAAGUGA